AUGGAGACUUCUGCUGUGGAUAUAGAUAAUAUCAUUGAUAGAUUACUAGAGGUUAGAGGUUCAAAACCUGGCCAGCAAGUGGAUUUGCAAGAACAUGAAAUUAGAUUCCUUUGCUCAAAGGCAAGAUCAAUAUUUAUAAAACAACCUAUUUUACUAGAACUAGAAGCCCCAAUUAAAAUAUGUGGUGAUAUUCACGGUCAAUAUUAUGAUUUAUUACGUCUAUUCGAAUAUGGUGGAUUCCCUCCAGAAUCAAACUACUUAUUCUUGGGUGAUUACGUCGAUCGUGGUAAACAAUCUCUAGAGACUAUUUGUUUAUUGUUGGCUUAUAAAAUUAAAUAUCCUGAAAAUUUCUUCAUCUUAAGAGGUAAUCACGAAUGUGCCUCCAUUAAUAGAAUUUAUGGGUUUUAUGAUGAAUGUAAAAGACGUUACAAUAUUAAACUUUGGAAAACUUUCACAGAUUGUUUCAAUUGUUUGCCUAUCGCCGCCAUCAUCGAUGAAAAAAUCUUCUGUAUGCACGGUGGUUUAUCCCCAGAUUUAAAUAGUAUGGAACAAAUUAGAAGAGUUAUGAGACCAACCGAUAUACCUGAUGUCGGUCUAUUAUGUGAUCUUUUAUGGUCAGAUCCUGAUAAAGAUAUAGUCGGUUGGAGUGAAAAUGAUAGAGGUGUCUCCUUCACUUUUGGUCCUGAUGUCGUUAAUAGAUUCUUACAGAAACAAGAUAUGGAAUUGAUUUGUAGAGCGCAUCAAGUUGUCGAAGAUGGUUAUGAAUUCUUCAGUAAAAGACAAUUGGUAACCCUGUUUAGUGCUCCAAACUAUUGUGGUGAAUUUGAUAAUGCAGGUGCAAUGAUGAGUGUGGAUGAAUCUCUAUUGUGUUCUUUCCAAAUUUUAAAACCAGCUCAAAAAAGUUUACCAAGACAACAAGGUAGAAAGAAGAAAUAA